GCUCGAGCGCGGAAAAUGCGUUAGCGUCAUACAAGCUGGCGUCAGGGGCCGGCGGUGACGUAGUCUUCAGUUUCUCUGCCAAAUGUGACUCAGAUCCGAUAUAAAACGACGAUGCUGGGCAAACACUGCGCAUUUCAGAUCAAACUGCCGUCCACUCGGGUGUUAGUGAUAUCAUUAUCAGUGUCAAAUGUUUGUAAACGGUGUUGAUGUUAUCAGCUCGCGUUUGAACAAUAUCGCAUUGGAUUCCUUGAAUAUUCAAACCAACAUGCAUCCAAAGGCAGAGAAAGCGCCAACAUGCGAGAAGAACCCACUGCCUCUUCUACAUCUCACACCAACAAAUGCAAGUCAUAGAAAGAGCGAUGGUACUCCACAGCAAGGAACUGAUAAUCCUUGGCUACUGAAACCACAGCACGAAAUACCACCUACGCCGCCGCCGAAAACUGACCAAAAACCGGUCAAUUUCUUCCCACAAAGAAUCGGUUAAAUGUACCAGACCAGUAGAAAUCGAAACAAUUUUGAAAUGGCAAGUUGCCAUCCCGUCAAAAUACGGACUUUCGAAUGAAGUCGUAUAAAAAUACUCCAUUGCGUUAAUACAAAGUAAACACAUCAAAAUCAUGUAAUUGCGAAGAAGCUUUUUGCUAGAAUAUCUUAAAAUAAUCUAUUCGAUGAACAAUUCUGGGAUAUUAUCCUCUUGUCUAUUUAUUUAACAACAACAAAUAACGCAUUUGGUGAUGAGUUGAAGAAGAUGGUACCUAACAUACUAGGUGCAAUUAUAUAAUUUUAUAUAAUAAUUAUUGAGCAUUUGUUUACGCUUUUAGUUAUAAGGGAUUUUGAUGAGGAGUUUCAUGGUUGAUAUAAAAAUGUGUAGAAAGUAGAAAAAUACUAAUGUAUUUCACAGUAUUAAUUUAAAGUUAUUGAAUUUACUUAAUUGACAGGGAAUGUUCUUUGCGAAUUUUAGUUGAAGAAAGUUAUUUUAUGAUAAAAUAAAUUAAUGUUCAAUAGUUUAGAUAAAUUACAGCAUACUAAAGUAAUAAAUGAUUAUGUCAAUAAUAGUAAUUUUAAGUUAUUUAAUGAAUAGGUAUUGAUUACUUAUAGUUCUUUGCAAAUGCUAGUCGGAGAAAGUUAAUUUAUUGUUGAUAAAGUAAUGUUCAAUAAUUUAGAUAAAUAAUAAUUAUAGCAUACUAAAGCAAUAAUUGAUUAUGAGAAUAGGUAGAUAAGAUACGAAAAUAUACAGUUAUAUUUAUUUGAAACUGAAUAAAAAUUUAAGAGAUUGUUAUUGAA